CGGAAGUGGAGGCGCUGCUGCUGGGGCCCAAGGAGGGACGCGCCGGAGCGGGGCCGCCGGGACUGAGCGAGCGACAGACGCGCCACUCGCCGACGCCGCAGCCGCUUGGGGCCCGCACGGACCCUCUACCUAAGUGUAGAAUGAGCCAAGGAGACUCAAAUCCAGCAGCUAUUCCACAUGCAGCAGAAGAUAUUCAAGGAGAUGACAGAUGGAUGUCUCAGCACAACAGAUUUGUUCUGGACUGUAAAGACAAAGAGCCUGAUGUGCUGUUUGUGGGAGACUCCAUGGUGCAGUUAAUGCAACAAUAUGAGAUAUGGCGAGAGCUUUUUUCCCCACUUCAUGCACUGAAUUUUGGAAUUGGGGGAGAUACAACAAGACACGUUUUAUGGAGACUAAAGAACGGAGAACUGGAGAAUAUUAAACCUAAGGUCAUUGUUGUCUGGGUAGGAACAAACAACCAUGAAAAUACAGCAGAAGAGGUAGCAGGUGGGAUCGAGGCCAUCGUACAACUUAUCAACACAAGGCAGCCACAGGCCAAAAUCAUUGUUUUGGGUUUGUUACCUCGAGGUGAGAAGCCCAAUCCUUUGAGGCAAAAGAAUGCCAAGGUGAACCAACUUCUCAAGGUUUCCCUGCCAAAGCUUGCCAAUGUGCAGCUCCUAGAUAUAGAUGGGGGCUUCGUGCACUCGGACGGUGCCAUCUCCUGCCACGACAUGUUUGAUUUUCUGCAUCUCACAGGAGGGGGCUAUGCAAAGAUCUGCAAACCCCUCCAUGAACUGAUCAUGCAGCUGUUGGAGGAAACACCUGAGGAGAAACAAACCACCAUUGCCUGACUGGCUACCGUCAGUGUUAAUAGCAUCCCAGCUUCCUCAGAUCAGUUAUAUCACUGGCACUACAGAAUCCUUCUCUUUCUUAAAGCACUUUGCAUUGUAGAAUGUUCCUGGAUGUUCAUAUCUAGUGUUUGAAGGGGAGGAGGGAUUUAAACUGGUCUUGUACAUAGAAGGUUUGUUUGACACAGGAAAAAAUUAGCCAAGGAAGAUUGUUGUUUAAAUUCAUUUGAAACCAGAGGGGACUUUUUAGUUGUAUGUGUGACACAUUUAUUGAAUUAUUGCUGUUUUUCGUAGGACAGCAUCGAACCUAAGUACUGAAUAAUAUGAAGAUUCUUUACUUGGCCUUUCUUUCUAUGGAUUAUGUCGUAUAUAAUAAUUAUCAGAAUCACACCUACUUGGCUUUAAAACAUGGUUUUUUUUCCAGCUUUUAAGGUUUAUAAUUUAGCCUUUUUUCGUUUUGCUUUACUCAUAUGUAUCCUCAAUGUUUAACAUCAGAUUGAACAUGCUUGUCAUUCAAAUAUGGGAGAUGCUGUAGUUACAAGUGAGUUUGUUCCACUCUCUUGAUCUUUCCCAUGCUUAGCAGUGCAAAAUAGGUUUUGCCCCAUUCAGGGCACUCUUUGGAGGGUAUUAUUUUUAUGCUGCUGAAUAUCAUGUCUAUAGCCUUUCCUCCCCUUUUCCCUCAUUCCUUUUUUUUUUUUUUUUUCCCCUUCUUUUUUUUUUGGUCCUUGUUAACAUUACAAACUUUUAACACAUUUUUUACCUAGGAGCUCUGUUGCUGGAAGUAUAAGUCCCCAGCCACUUACUCUCAUUAUAUUACUGAUAUAUAACUCAUUCUUGUGUGGUGUGUGUUCUGUGCUAGAGUCUGUGUAGUGCUAUUCAUAUUCAGAGUUCUGGUUUGGUUUGCUUCUUUUUCCCUUAAAACCUGUUACAGUUUCCUUUUUUAGAAAAGAAAAAUCAGAACUCUGUUUUCCAUUCCAUAAUGCCUGAUAUUAUUUCAAGUUUUAUAGUAUUUUAAGGUGUACAUUUUAUUAUUUUAUUGGCUUAGUUUUUAAAUUAUGUCAGUUCAAAAAAAUUUGGCUUUUUCCAUGGGGAAACACAUGAAACUGCUCUUCACAAUAGACAUUCUACCUUUAUCCCACCAUUUUAGUAAAAAACUAAGUUCAUUUAAUUUUUUAAGGUUCCCCAUUAAUGUAUCUUCAUCUGAGAAUUUGUUUCAAGAGAGAGCUUUAUAAUCUUAAUGUUUGUUGAGCUAUAAGAACUGCCAUUUUAAAAAAAUAAUGGUUCAACAGAUGGUUUAUUGUUCAGUAUACCUAUGGAAUAUGUAUGAACUGAAUCUGCAAGCAGAUAUUUUAAACUGGACCAGGUGGGUAUUGAAGUAACCCAUUAAAAUGUGCUCUGCAGUGAUUCUGCUUAAUGUUCAAUUUUAAUAACUAAGUUAUGUGUUUUAUAUUAUACUUACAAGGCAAAUGGGCAGUACUUUUGUGUGUUGGAGGAGGGUUGCAGAUUUGUGCUAAGAUUCUCUUCUGUUUGAGAAGGAUAGAACUUGGGCUGAUUUUUUUCUUGGCAAGCUUCUAGGAAUUAUUUUGGUUUUGUUUUUUUGUCUUUUUUAAAAAAUACUUUUCUGAAUGUAUCAUGUCUUCAUUAAUAACAGAAAAUACAAGGGUACUUCAAAAAGUUCAUGGAAAGAUUCGUAUUAUAAUUUCAUUUUUCCGGAGACUUUUUGAUGUACCCUCAUACACAUGGUGUUUACUAAACUUGUUUACUGUAUUAAAAUUUUUUUAUUUUUCAUAGCCCAGGUUCAUGACUUUGUCAAGACAGGCUUUUUCUUAGGUGAGGUAUAGUUGUAAGAGGAGAAUUAAUUAAGCCAGAAUUUUGUGUGUUUCCUAUCCAGGUAUUCUGUUUGUCAGAGGGUGGCAUUACAAUCCAAACAAAUCCAUUAGGUUAUUACUGUAGCAUGCGCUUUUAGCUCCUCUCCUGACUGAGGAUCAAAUAUUCCUUUUGUGAGCUGGCCUUCAGCUCCUUUGCUUUGUGUAUAAACUUCAGAUGUUACUACAUUUUAUAUCUACCAGAGCUAUUCAAGCAAUAGUAUUUGAACCACUAGCCUUUUAAAUAAAAUUCUUCCCCAUUACUAACGUGCAGAUAUUGAGUCCACUUUCAUUUCUUGCCAGAUUUCUUUGCACUGCUUUAGGCAAAAAGUGUUCAUCUAUAUUCUUUGAUUAAUAUCCCAGUUUGUUUAGUGGGAGAACUUAUUGCUUAGUCUUUGUACAUUUUUUUUUUUAAUAUAUAAAUUUGAUGCACUGUCCAAGUGAAAUGUCGUAGUUGUCAUUGUGAUUAAGGGGCCAACUUUCCAGGCAGCUAGCAGAGUAUUCUGUUCCUCUCCCAGCAAAUUUUAAUUCCUUUGCCCACUCAUUCCUGCUGCACUAGAUAGAUGGCAGCCAGUGAUGAAACUAUAAAGAUGUCUGUGGUCUUAUCCCAAAUGAAGAUGUACUGCCAAGGGUGUCCCAGGGCAGGUUGUUUUGCUGCCCAUAUAUUCUAGAUUGCCAUGGGCAGUGCUCUGGCUACCACCUUGGGUGUAUUUGGACUGUUGAGGACAUCUGCCUGCCUAAACCUGAAUCUUUUGUCAAAAACCUCCAACAAAACAAAUCUUGAGCAGCUCAUGCCCUGCUCUUAAGAAUUCUGUCUCUCAUGGUUAAAAAAAAGUUUCAACUUUUUUUUUUAACGUAGCCACUGUUUACAGUUGUAUGCUAAAGACUGAAAUAUUGUCUGCUGUGGUGUAUUAGCAUUGCCAAUUUUAUAUUUAUUGCAGUGAAGAAGAAUCUAAAAAUAGAUGAAAUUGAGGAGCAUGUCCACGUUCCUAAAUCUGUGUGGGUGCAUGUGGGAGAAGUGAGUUGGGGCCUCUUGAAAGGAGGCUUUUUGGAGAGGGGUCCCCCCAAGCUUCUCCUUGCUGUUCCUGCUUGGGGAUCACUGCUGCUAGCUGACUGGACCUCCCCAACAGAAGUUUGUGAUUCUGCUUUGGCAAAGUUUCAUUGACUAGUAGAACUCAUUCUGUUUUAGUGUAAAUUUCAAUAUAAAUGUAAACAUUUCGCUCAAA